UGGGCGGGACUUACUGAAACGCAAGACGCGGAAACUCGAUUCAGUUGGUUGUGUCUAACUAUUUUACAUUCAGAAAUAAUGGUACACCACGAAUUGACUGCACGUCUUAAUGAUGGUGGGUAUAAAAACUGGCUUAAAGCUGGAAUCUGUCUGCUCCAUCUUCGGGAGGGGUUGCACGCGUUCACUAAUAGGGAGAUGAAACGUUUCCAUGAAAAUCUACUCAAUCGAAACCAGAUCCUCCGGCGGCCGUGUCAGCGUUCUUGCAGACCGAAAAACAACCAGCUGUAUUCUGAGUGUGUGGUAUGUGCGGAGUGGCGGUCAGAGAUCUUAAAGCAUCACACACAUCCUGGGGGGACAAUAAACUGGGGGAACUGCAGACCCCAACUCUGGUCACAAGACCACUGGGAACUGGCAAAGGCCUACAUGCCUCGGGGGCAGACCGGUGAGAAGGGCGCAGAUAAGUGUGAUGCCUCAGCUCUGCUUAACCUCCUCAACUACUGUGAUCACUUCAGCUACAUAGACCAGGAACGAGUCAGAAAGGUGAUCCAUUGCAGAAAUGAGCUGAUGCAUUCCUGUGGUAUGCAGGUUGGUGAUGAGUGGAUGAGGCGAUACAAGGCGUGCUUAGAAAGGCUCCUGCAGCUGCUCACCAAUGUUCCAGAGGUGGCAGCAGCCAAUCAGCAAAUACACAAGACGCUAACUGCUGAGUGGUCAGUCUGUGUUUCUGGGGUGGACCAAGUGGACAUGUCUGGGGAGGUCAGACAUGAAGCCGUUUGUAUGAGCCAAUGGGAAAUUGAGGCUGGCUCCAUUAGCCAAUGGGAAGUAGAGCUGCUGAGAGAACGGUUGCAGGAACUGCAGUUUGACGCUGAUGCACAGGAGUUUGGGGAGAUGCAGAGCCUGAGGGAGUUCCUGCUUGCCAACCCAGAUCUGGGAGAGCAGUUGUCUCCAGAGCUCCAAGAGAUCACCUCACUGGGGAGGAAAAGAAAGAGAGAGGAGCAGAGUGAGCCUGUUCAGGACUGACGUUACCUUGGGAGAUCUAGGAGUGCUGUUAUGCUGACACUCAGCAUUCAUGGAUGGGGUUUGGUUGUUGGUAUGAUCCCAAAAGCCGAGUGCCAAAGAUGAUCACAGUCAUGCUGACAUUCAGUAUAACAGCACAACCUCUUCAACACAACAUCCUCGACAAGGGUUGUGUAUUUAUACAAAAAGUGGUUGCUGAGUCUCUAUUCUCAGAAGUCCGUUUCAUCAGUGGAACUUCUGCAUUGCUAGCGACUUUACCUUUUGGAUAAGUGGUGAGGGAGCAUGUAUGUGUUCAUCAUAAUGCACACAUCACAUGGUCACACACAGUUGAGUCAACCAUGACUUCCUGGUUUUGGUGGAUAAAAGCCUGAGGCUGUGAAGAGUUUGUUUUGAACACCAAAUUGGUCUGAGGCAGCAGAAGGUAUAGAUAACUGUUCCUCCGGGAUUUUGGUAUCUUAUUAUUCACGUAGAAGCCUUUUCUCUAUUUAUACAGGCUACAUAUUGCAUUUUAUUAGACUCGUUCAACCACUUGUGUUUCUACUUUGUUUAUGCAGCCUAUGAAGGAUUACUGAAAAUCAUAAAUGUUUGUGUUCUUAUGACUUUUGCAAUAAACAAUGUCACUUUAUAGUGAAUGAGGUUUGCUGCAUUGACA